UCCUGUCAAGCAGACGUCUUUGACAGAAGUGCUGCUUCAUCGCCUCGUACCUGCUGACAUCUGCGUUUAUUUUAAGUUCUUGAAAUGAAUGUCACAAAAUGACGGCAAGCUUGAAAAGACCAAGGAGCCCAAAUGCAGACUGUGAAGAUUGCUUACCAAUUUCCAAAAGGAUCAACAGACUUCAAAUAGAGUCUGGUCAUCAGCCAUUUAGUCAUGACAGUAAUGAUCAAAUGAACAACAAUAUAGAAAGACCUAACGGAAUUGUUCACCCAGACAACAUUAUCACACAAUGUCGGAAGCUUCGCAUUAACUCUGACCCUAUUCAUCCUAAUCAUCUCAGAAAUGGCGCAGAGUUUCCUGGAUGUUCUGGAUGUAGUCAGUCUUUGGUGCAAAGUCAGUCAAUGAACAAACUUCCAUUUGACAUGGCAGAGGGUUAUAACCCUGAACUAGAGGAAAAAGACAAUCCAAUAUAUUUCCGAAUUAAUCAGGUGCUUUUUGAGGCUCACAAGGAGAGAGCAGUGAGGACACAGAUCAAGUUCCCAGAUUAGUGUUCGAGAGUAAAAUGCAGGGCAGAAUGAUGUGGAAAUGUGAAGCUUGUGUCUGGCUGAAUGUGUAUGAAAAGUAUAAACGUGGUAGGAUAGGAUUUGCUCACUUUAUUGACACAAAUAUAUCUAGCCCUUGGGCAAAAGUUGUUCCCAUAUUUCUUUCAAUUUUUUGUUUAACUUAAAUCGCUUUCUACUAUUUAAUGUGAGAACCUUUUUCUUGCAGAUGUUUUUCUGUUAAGACUGAAAAAGGUUUGCUAUAUAUUAUAUAUAAGCUAUGCAUAUACUUCAUUUUACCGAUGUAAUUUUUUUGAGGGACAAAGCUUAGUCUCAUAUAAAUUGCUUUACCUACAUGCACUGUAGUCACUUUCAAAGCAUUUAGUUGACUGUGUUGGAAAGCUCAUGAGGUAUUAACUUCUUAAACAUGUUUGUAUUCAAAUAACUUCAAAAACAUUUACUGGGUGUAUGGAGAAUGAAUCUUGAUAUUAAUAAAUGACAUAUUCAAUGAU